GAAAUGGCAUCCGUUGGUGUUCGUCAUAUACCGGAUUUUAGCGGCGGCAUAUCUGACGGUGUUUUCCAUCACUAUAGCAAUCAUCUCCUCACUAGAUGGCAACACUACUUCCAUGGCGUAUUUGACAUUGUGGACAUACCUGUUGUUGACCUUGUACUUCCUGUUUUCGGCCAUAGCUGUCGUCUUCUACACGUGCUGUAGGGGAGAGCUACGAACUGGGCACCAGGUUAUACUGUACACAUCAUCUGAGACACAAAAGGAAGCCAUACAAGGAUAUAAUAACAUUGCUUUUGUUGAAAAUGGUGUCAAGAAUUCCGAGCUGAAUGGAACAAGUAUGUCUAACGAGUUUCCUAAUGAAACAAACAGCUACGCAAAGACACAAAAUAAUGACAAUGACAAUCUGCAUGAAGAAAUCACAUCUUUUAUGAAAAUAUGUUGGGUACUUGGAAAUACGGUCCAGGUUUUUGCCAUUGAAGUCACGCUAGUCUAUUUUACAGCUUUUUUUCCUCUUGUAGGGUACACAAAUUUCGUAGAUGUUAACUUGCAUGGUGUUAACAGUUUUCUCAUAAUUGUUGACACGUGCCUUUCUUCGAGACCAGUUCGCCUUUUACAUGUGAUUCACCCUGUGAUUUACGGCGUGUGCUAUCUUAUAUUCAGCGCCAUCUAUUGGAGUUUUGAUCACGUGAAUAAUGUGCUGUAUCCGGGUGUACUUGAUUGGAAUUAUCCCGGGACCACGGCGAUAUGGUUUGCUGGCUUAACUUUUGUAGGCAUACCACUGUUACAGUUGGCUCAUUUUGGUGCAUAUCGUUUAAAAUUACAUAUCUGCAGUCGAGAAUAACGAGCAGGUUAAAAUAUACAGUCAGAAUCUCUGUCAUAGAGACCGAAACUGAAAACUGAGACAAAAAGUCCUAAAACCAAACAUGAAAUGAAUAAACGGGCAUCUAAUGUAUCUUUUCGGUAUAGAGACGAUCGAAAAUUUGACGUCAGCAGGUACACUAUAUUUGAAGGCAUGAUAGUUGCCAUCUUAAAUUACUUAUUUGAAGGUGUUGUGAGAAUUGACGCCGACGAAUAUAUAUCAGUAGCAGUGAUCAGUUAAAUGGAAUAGCCCGUCUUAAUACGCUUUUCAAGAUCCAGAACAACCUAGUAGAAGUACUGCGAAACCCGAUACGACAAAGUGAUGCUCGAACCAGAGGAUCAAACAGCCUGUACCAGAGCCACUAACGACAUCUACAGGCUUUCUUUCUUUCAGUGAUUGGAAUCGGCUGCCUACCAACAUCACAGACCGCAAGGCACCGUGGAGGAGUUCAGUGCCAAUGUUGGUGCUCUAUCUUCCUGCAGGUACUAGAUCGAGGCUUCCUUUUAAAUAGUUUUAACGACGCACAUACAGAUGUUUUGGCGUGAAUGCAAAUUCCUGAAGGAUUGACAGCCCAUAUACUAGUACAGAAGAAGAAGAAUGACUAAACUUACUGGGCGCCAACAAAGUUCUACAUUUUAGCUUUUGGUCACUACCAUCUCAAUUUGAUAAUGUUAAACUGGGAGAAUUGACGCCGACAAUGUCAGAGCAUUACCUACCACCCAGAGAUGCGAUAACUUACACUAAUGACAAGAUAGUGACUAUUUAGAGUCAUAAAAAUACUAACACCAUUGAUAAAUCACAAUGUUUUUAAAAGUGAAGCAUCAGCAUGUAUUUGUAAAUAAAAUAUUUCUGUUUUUAGAUUUUGACAUGUCAUUUCAUGUAUAAUUGGAAAAUCUCAGAUGUUUCAUACUUAUACACGUACAUAAGUAAUUAGCAUUACAUAAUUUAGUCUCUAGAUAUAUAUAAGUGAUAUU